AAAGAAGGGAAACAUACAGGAAAGGAAAUAAUAAGAACAGAAAACUCUCUCUCUGUGUCAGGUUCAACGAAUGUAGACAUCCUUUAACCUUCGAUCUCCCUUGCUAUUCCUCAUGUUUUCUCCAUUGGGACAUUAAUAGAAAGUUGAAUCGGCCAAAGGAAAAAAAUAAAAACAUUGAAGUGUAUAAAAUGAGCUGGCUGGACACGAUGAUGUGCUGCCGCAUUACCAGUAUGUAAACGCAAGCUUUGUUAUAAACUAGUCUCUAGACAGAAUGAGUCACCGUGUCACUGAUGAGCUUGGCUCCAAGGAGAUGGAUAUUGUAAGUGCUUCGUCAUCACGUCGGAAUUCAGAGAAUUUGCCAUACGUUCAUAAGGUGGGAGUACCUCCUAAGCAAAACCUGCUGAAAGAAAUUGCAGCCACUGUGAAGGAAACUUUCUUUGCAGAUGAUCCUUUGCGCCAUUUUAAGGAUCAACCAAGGUCAAGAAAGUUUGUCCUAGGCUUCCGAGCGGUUUUCCCUAUAUUCGAAUGGGGAAGGAACUACAGCCUUUCUAAACUCAGAGGUGAUUUGAUUGCUGGACUUACUAUUGCAAGUCUUUGCAUUCCACAGGAUAUUGGAUAUGCAAAGCUUGCAAAUCUGGAGCCCCAAUAUGGAUUAUAUAGUAGCUUUGUUCCACCUCUUGUUUAUGCAUUUAUGGGAAGCUCACGGGAUAUUGCCAUUGGACCUGUGGCUGUGGUGUCUCUCCUGCUUGGUAGUCUCCUGCAGGAUGAGAUUGACUCAUCUGAUAAUCCUGUUGACUACCGACGCCUUGCAUUCACUGCUACUUUCUUUGCAGGCAUCACUCAGGUCACACUUGGAUUUUUAAGGUUGGGGUUCUUGAUAGACUUCCUAUCUCAUGCUGCCAUAGUUGGCUUUAUGGCCGGUGCUGCUGUCACCAUUGCCCUUCAACAACUUAAAGGUCUACUUGGUAUCAAAAAAUUCACAAAGAAUACUGAUAUUGUCUCUGUUAUGCGCUCAGUAUGGAGCUCAGUGCAUCAUGGUUGGAAUUGGCAAACUAUACUAAUAGGAGUGGCCUUCCUGGCGUUCCUCUUGGUUGCAAAAUACAUUGGAAAACGGAAGAAGAAACUAUUUUGGGUGCCAGCAAUUGCGCCCUUGAUCUCUGUCAUCCUCUCCACCUUUUUUGUGUACAUCACACGUGCUGACAAGCAUGGUGUUCAAAUCGUGAAACAUAUCAGACAAGGCGUCAAUCCACCGUCUGUGAAUGAAAUAUUUUUCUCUGGAGAAUAUCUUGGCAAAGGUUUCAGGAUAGGGGUUGUAGCGGGCAUGAUAGCAUUGACGGAAGCUGUAGCAAUUGGAAGGACAUUUGCUUCCAUGAAGGACUACCAGCUGGAUGGAAACAAAGAAAUGGUAGCAUUAGGAACAAUGAAUAUUGUUGGUUCGAUGACAUCUUGUUAUGUGGCCACAGGAUCCUUCUCUCGCUCAGCAGUAAAUUACAUGGCCGGAUGCCAUACAGCUGUGUCUAAUAUAGUGAUGUCCUGUGUUGUGCUACUAACAUUGGAACUCAUCACUCCUCUGUUCAAGUACACUCCAAAUGCAAUACUUGCUUCUAUUAUUAUAUCUGCGGUGAUUGGAUUAAUUGACAUUGAAGCAGUAGCUCUAAUAUGGAAGAUCGAUAAAUUUGAUUUUGUUGCUUGUAUGGGAGCCUUCUUUGGUGUAGUUUUCUCUUCUGUUGAGAUAGGACUUUUAAUUGCGGUUUCAAUAUCCUUUGCAAAAAUCCUCUUACAAGUUACAAGACCUCGCACAGCAAUUCUUGGAAAGCUUCCAAGGACUACUGUUUACAGGAACAUCCUCCAAUAUCCAGAUGCAACAAAAGUUCCUGGCAUCCUCAUUGUCAGAGUUGAUUCUGCAAUAUACUUUUCCAAUUCCAACUAUUUUAAAGAGAGGAUUUUGAGAUGGCUCGCUGACGAAGAAGAACAACUGAAAGAAAAUUUCCAACCUAGAAUUAUGUAUUUGAUUGUUGAAAUGUCACCUGUUACUGACAUUGACACCAGUGGCAUCCAUGCCUUCGAAGAGUUGUUCAGAAGUCUUGAGAAGAGGGAUGUUAAGCUUGUUUUAGCCAAUCCAGGGCCAGUUGUGGUUGACAAGCUCCAUGCUUCAAAGUUUCCAGAGUUGAUAGGGGAGGAUAGAAUCUUUCUCACUGUAGCAGAUGCAGUACUAACAUGUGCUCCAAAGACGGAAGAACCAUAA